AUGGCUCUUAUAAACGACGAAAGCACCUUUACGUUGCGUACCGGUAGAUGGAUUUUCGAUGUCUUCCUUAAUUUCAGAGGCGAGGACACCCGCCACAGGUUUUUGCGUCUUCUAUAUGACGCUUUGGUUGAGAAAAAUAUCUCCACGUUCAAGGAUGAUAAAGUACUUGAGAGAGGAAAACCCAUUCCCUCAGAACUCUUCAAAGCAAUUGAAGGAUCAAGGUUUUCAGUUGUCAUUUUUUCAAAAAACUAUGCAACCUCCGGUUGGUGCUUAGAUGAACUUACAAAGAUUGUCGAAUGCCGCCAGAAAAUGAAGGGGCAUACAAUUUUUCCAGUUUUCUUUGAUGUUGAACCAACUGAGGUACGGAAGCAGGAAGGGAGUUUUGGAGAAGCAUUUACGAAGCAUGAAGAAGUUUUUAAGGAGAAUUUGGAGAAGGUGAAAAAAUGGAGGGAUGCUUUAAAAGAAGUCGCCAAUAUCAGUGGUUGGGUUAUACCCAAGGGGCAGGAGUCAGAAUAUAUCGAACCCAUUGUUGAGAAGAUAUUCAAAAGACUGAGUUCCAUAAAACUAAAUGAGGGCUUGGUCGGAAUAGAAUCUCGUGUAUGGGAAGUAUAUUCAGAAUUAAAAAUAGGUUUGACUGAUGUUCGCGUUAUUGGGAUAUGUGGGACAGGUGGUAUCGGUAAGACAACCAUUGCACGAGUGGUUUAUGAUAGCUUCUCUAAUCAAUUUGAAGCUAGUAGCUUUCUCCAUGAUGUUAGAGAAACAUCUAAAAGACAGGGUUUAGUUUAUUUGCAGAAAAAACUUCUUUCUGACAUCUUGAUGGAAAGAAAUAUAAAUUUUGUAGAUGUAGAUGACGGGCGCCAAUUUAUCAAGCGCAGGCUAUGUAAUAAAAAGGUACUUCUUGUUCUUGAUGACGUUAAUGAGUUGGACCAAUUAAAGAAAUUGGUUGGCGACCAUAGUCGGUAUGGUCCAGGCAGUAGAAUUAUCAUUACAACGAGAGAUAAGCAUUUGCUAAGGAUACUAGAAGUUCGUGAAAUAUAUAGCCCUGAGGAAAUGAGUAAUGAUGAGGCUCUACGUCUUUUCAGCUUGACAUGUUUCGGCAGUGAACACACUCCUGAAGGUUAUAAGGAGAUGUCCAAUCAUGUUGUCAGUUAUGCUCUCGGCCUUCCUUUAGCAAUUAAGCUUUUGGCUUCUCAUCUAGCCCGCAGAAGCAUCCCUGAAUGGAAAAGCUGUUUAGAUGGGCUCGAAAAUAAUAUUCCAACAGAACUUUUUCAAGUACUUCAAAUAAGUUAUGAUGGUCUACAUAAAACAGAAAAAGAAAUAUUUCUACAUAUGGCAUGUUUCUUCAAUGGGGAGGACAGAGAUCGCACAGUACAUAUACUAGACUCUCUUGAACUUUACCCGGACUUGGGAUUAAGUGUUCUUAUCGAUAAAUCUCUCUUAAAUUUAAACGAGAACGCCUUUUGGAUGCAUCCUCUAGUUCAACAAAUGGGCCGGGAAAUGGUUUGUAGAGAAUGUCCUGAAUGGCCUUCGAGACGAAGUAGAUUAUGGUUGCCAGAGGACAUUGACGCUGUGCUUACAGACAAUAUGGGAACAAAACAUAUUAAAAGCAUAGUCCUCGACUUGCCUGCACAAAAAAAGCAUGAACUCACUCAUUUUCCUAAUGGGUUAAGAUAUGUUGAAUGGAGUGGGUAUUCUUUAAAAUCUUUGCCACCAAAUUUUGAACCUAGGAUGCUUGUUGAACUUAGAAUGUGUCAUAGCAACAUUGAAGUACUUUGGAAGGGAGUAAAGUAUUUUGACCGUUUAAAAUUCAUCAAACUUAGUGACUCCCAAAAUCUUAUUAGGACCCCAAACUUCGCAAGAGCUCCACUUCUUAAGAGCGUCGAUUUUGAAGGCUGUACAAAUUUAGUUGAGGUUCACUCAUCCGUUGCUGUACUUGAACGGCUUACUUUGUUGAAUCUGAAAGAUUGCACAAGUCUUAAAAGUCUCCCACGCAAGCUUGAAAUGAAAUCUCUAGAGAUUCUUAUUCUUUCUGGUUGCUCCAAAGUCAAGAAGAUUCCAGAAUUUACGGAAGACAUGGAACGGUUACGGGAACUUCAUUUAAAUGGUACUGCAAUUAAAUAUCUACCUUCGUCAAUUGAACAUUUAACUGGUCUGACUUUAUUGAAUAUAAGCCAUUGCAAAAAUCUGUUUCCAUCAACCUUCUACAUUCAGAUGGAACCUAAUCCAGAUUCAGCAGCCUUGGCCCAACAAGUUCAAGCCCUUGCAGCCACCAUUGAAGAACUCACCAAGCAAAACCAGGAGAUGAAGCUACGACUCCAACAAGUCCAACAGGCCCAACAGGUCCAAAGGGAGACUCUAGAGGUGGACGAAGCCGAUGACAAGGUGCAGCUGAUGACCUUUAAAGUAGGACUGAGGUCUAGAGAUCUCGUGGCCUCCCUCGCAAAGAAUCCACCAAAGACGAUGGCGGAAAUGCUUCUGAAAGCACAGAAGUACAUGAACGCUGAAGACACUUUAGCGGCCAUAAAGGAUGCAGAAAAGCCAGGAGACAAGGCAAAGAAAGAAGACGACCGUAGGGGACAAAAGAGAGAGCGACCGGACCGUUGGAACAACUACGGGAACAGGAGGAAGGACGAUAAAAGUCCUCGGACGAUCAAGGACGAGCAUUACCUCAAAUGGCCCAGACCAUUGCACUCAUCCCCCAAUGUCCGCGACAAGAACAAGUAUUGCCGGUUCCACAAAGACCACGGCCACAACACGGAAGACUGGAGAGACCUAAAGAAGCAGAUAGAGGAGUUGAUACAUAAAGGGAAGUUACAGAAAUAUGUGAAGAAGGGAGAAUAUACUAAAUUCAGGGACGAUAAUAAAGGCUAG